GUGUGUGUGUGUGUGGUCGUCACAGGAGCUGAUCCUCCCGCUGAUGCUGUUGAGUCUGCUCAUCCUCAUCAGCACGCUCAACCCACACGUCUACUACGGCGGCGUGGGCACCACGGAGCUGGAGAGCGAGAACUACCUGUCACUCAAGGGCCUGGGCUACACCCCCAUCACCAAUGUCACCAAUCACAUCAUGGAGGAGGUGGCGCAGGAGCUCCACAUGCAGGAUCGUCUGGAGAUGUUCGCCAACGAGGAGGACCUGGAGAACGCCAGUCUGUACGAGCCCCUGGGUUAUGUGGGGGUGGUCUUCCGAGACAACAUGUCCUACCGGCUGAGGUUCCCCUACAAUCAGCUGCCCUUACCCAGCGACUACACGGAGUCCAUUGCUAGUUGUUUUUCCAACUCUGUGAAUUGCCGAGCCGCUAACUACUGGUACUCUGGGUUUGUGCGCCUGCAGACCCUCAUUGACGCCACCAUCAUUCAGAUGCAGACCAAGCGCUCGGUGUGGCGGGAGAUGGACGUGCGGGUGGUGAUGAUGGGCCAGCCGGGCUCGGUGGAGGUGCAGAAGUUCCCGCACGCGCUCAUCUCCAUCUACCUGGUGCUGGCCUUCACGCCCUUCGUCUCCUUCCUCAUCGUCAACGUGGCCGCCGAGAAGGAGCACCGCCUCAAGGACACCAUGAGCAUGAUGGGGUUGUACGACUCCGCCUUCUGGCUGUCAUGGGGUCUGCUGUACGCCGCCCUGGUGACCACCAUGUCCAUCCUGAUGGCGGUGAUUUCCACCUGCACGUCCCUCUUCUACCACAGCAACUUCUUAGUCAUCUUCCUGCUCAUCUUCCUCUACGGCAUCUCCUCAAUCUUCUUUUCUUUCAUGCUAACGCCACUCUUCAAGAAGCCCAAGUUCGCCAGCACGGUGGGCUCCAUGCUGACGGUGGUGUUCGGCUGCCUGUCCCUCUUCACGGUGCUAAUGAGAGACUUCCCCCAGUGGCUAGUUUGGCUCCUCUGCCUGCUCUCCCCCAGCGCCUUCUCCAUCGGCAUCGCCCAGGUGGUGUACCUGGAGGCCCAGGGCGACGGCGCCAUCUUCUCCACGCUGACCAACGGCCCUCACGCCCUGUACGUGCCCCUGCUCAUGCUCUUCCUGGACUGCAUCCUCUACCUGCUGCUCGCUGUCUACCUGGACCAGGUGCUGCCAGGUGAAUUUGGCAUGCGGCGCUCCAUCAUCUACUUCCUGAAGCCGUCCUAUUGGUCUCAGCGCAGGAAGCACUACGUGGAGGUGAGCUCGGUGUACGAGGCGGAGGUCAACGGGGCGACUAUGGGAGACGAGUCCAUCGAGCCCGUGUCCCCCGAGUUCAAGAAGGCCAUCAGGAUUAAUAACAUCCGUAAGGUCUACAAAGAGACAGACAGCACAGUGGAGGCUUUGAGGGGCUUCACCUUUGACAUUUACGAGGGCCAGAUCACUGCCCUGCUGGGCCACAGUGGAGCAGGGAAGUCGACCCUCAUGAACAUCCUGUGUGGCAUCUGCCCCCCCACUGAAGGCUCGGCCACCAUCUACGGCACGCCAGUGGCAGAGAUCGCGGAGGGGGCGGAGAUGAAGCAGUUGGUUGGCAUCUGCCCGCAGUUCAACAUCAUCUUCGACGUGCUCACCGUGGAGGAGCACCUCAGGAUCUUCGCUGCCAUCAAAGGCAUCCUGCCCUCCAACAUAGACGCUGAGGUCUCUAAAGUGCUGAAGGAUCUGGACUUGGAGAAGAUCAUGGAUGCCCAGGCCAAGAACCUGAGUGGUGGCCAGAAGAGGAAGCUGUCUGUGGGCAUCGCCAUACUGGGAGACCCCAAGAUCCUGCUUCUGGAUGAGCCCACUGCAGGAAUGGACCCCUGCUCACGGCACCAGGUCUGGUCCCUCCUGAAGAGCCGGCGUGCGGGCCGGGUCACCGUCCUCAGCACCCACUACAUGGACGAAGCCGACAUACUUGCCGAUCGUAAGGCGGUGAUAUCUCACGGCCAGCUCAAGUGCGUGGGCUCGUCGCUGUACCUCAAAACCAAGUGUGGCGUCGGCUACAACCUCAGGAUGUCGUUGGGCGAGGGGUGUGAGGUGGACGCCAUCGCAUCGCUGGUGAAACAGCACGUCCCCAAGGCACAGUUGUCACGGCAACAGGAGGCCGAGCUCACAUUCACGCUGCCCUUUGAAAGCAUGGACACUUUUCCAGGUCUGUUUGCUGAGUUAGAUUGUCGGCCCGAUCUGGGCAUCAUCAACCACGGCGUCUCCAUGACCACGCUGGAGGAUGUGUUCCUGCGUCUGGAGGCGGAAGCUGAGGUGGACCAAGCAGACUACAGCGUGUUUAACCAGGAGCAGCCUGAGGACGAUGCCGACGCGUCCUCCAUGGACGACAUUGACCAGAGGCUGCUGACCUUCACCGAUAAUCGGCAGGACGUGGUGAGCGGCCAUGCCCUGUGGAGGCAGCAGUUCAGCACCGUGGCCUGGCUACACUCACUCAACCUGCAGCGGGAGAGGAAGCCAGUCAUCUACACGUUCGCUCUGUUCCUCGUCUUCUUGUCGGCUGUUCUGGUUCUCUCUCUGGUUACGGGGAACAUCCAGAUCCACUCGCCCGACCGCCAGUUCCUCCCCAUCUACCUGCUGGGCCCAAAUCAGUCCCCGCACAAAUACACCACCCCCCUGCUUGUGCAGAACUCCUCAGACUCGGACAUCUCGAGCUUCAUCCAGAGCAUCGAGUCUCAGGACAUCAGGGUGGAGAUGACGAGGAAGGCUGAUUACAUGUCCGUUGCUCCCCACAGCGCUGCCAUCAACGUCACCGGCUCCAGCAAGGGCUUUAGCUAUUGUCUGGCGUUCAACAGCACCACGGUCCACUCCCUGCCCAUGGUGGUCAACGUGCUGAGCAACGCCCUGCUGAAGGGCCUCAACGGCACCGGGCGCAUCAACACCUGGACCAAACCCUUUGACUAUCAACUUCCCGACGCCACGUCUUAUGCGCUGGUCUACAUCGAGGCUGUGAUCCUCGGGAUGCUGGCCGCCGGCAUGCCGGCGUACUUCGCCAUGGACCACACCCGAGACCGGGAGAUAAAGUGCCGUUCCACUUUGAGGAUCUCGGGACUGCUUCCGUCGGCGUACUGGUGCGGGCAGGCGGCCAUCGACAUCCCGUUUUACUCGCUCAUCCUCACCUGCAUGACCUGCACCCUCUUCUCCUUCCACUCCACCAAACUCCUCACCUCCAGCAACGUCACUGCUGUGGUGCUGUGUCUGAUCGGCUUCAGCCCCGCCAUGAUCCUCUUCACGUACUGCGUGUCCUUCAUGUUCACCAGGGUCCAGAGCAACAGGGACUUCUUCUCCGUGGUGUCCAUGAUGGUGUGUGUGGUCUCAGCCUCCACGGUGCAGCUGGCGUUUGUGAAUAAAAUGGGGGUCCUGACGCGGGUCCUCCACAACACGCUCUGCUUCUGCAACCCCCUCUACCCGCUCAUGGGCUGCCUCAACUGCGUCACCAAGGCAACCUUCAUUCCAUCCACUGUGGAGGACGAGCUUCUGUGGAAGGGCCUGCUUAUCGCUGUGCUCGCACCCUACCUGCAAUGCAUCCUGCUGCUGUUCCUGCUGCGAUGGCUGGAGCUGCGCUAUGGAGGCAAGACCAUGAAGACGGACCAGCUCUGCAGGAUCUCCUCCGAGGCAAAGGGCAAAGUUCAGCGUAACCCGGAAGAGAACAUGGAGGAGGACGAGGAUGAAGAUGUGAUGGUGGAGAAGGCCCGCGUCAAAGAGGCCCUCACCUGCCAGGCCUGUGAAGAGAAACCGGUGGUGGUUGUGAGUAACCUGAGGAAGCAGUAUAAAGCCCGGCGUGGGGGCUUCUCCCUCAGUAAGAAGAGGAGGGUGGCCACGAAGAACGUCUCCUUCUGUGUCCGCAAAGGUGAGGUGCUUGGGCUGCUGGGGCCCAAUGGAGCAGGGAAGAGCACAAUCAUGCACAUGCUGGCUGGAGACACUGAUCCCACAGCUGGACAGAUCCUGAUGGGAGACUACAGCACAGACUUCCAUCCUGUGGAUAACCCGCUGGAGCACGUGGGCUACUGCCCUCAGGUCAACCCGCUGUGGCCCCGCGUCACCCUCCAGGAGCACCUGCAGAUCUACGCCGCCAUCAAGGGCCUCCGUCCGCAGGAUGUCCCCAACAUCAUCAAACGCGUGGUCAAUGCUCUGGAGCUGAAGGAGCACCUCCACAAGCAGGCCAAGAACCUCUCUGCGGGCAUCAAGAGGAAGCUGUGCUUUGCGCUGAGCAUGCUGGGAAACCCUCAGAUCGUGCUGCUGGACGAGCCGUCCACUGGGAUGGACCCCAAGUCCAAGCAGAGGAUGUGGAGGGCCAUCCGCGCCGCCUUCAAGAACCGGCAGCGAGGCGCCAUCUUGACCACGCACUACAUGGAGGAGGCCGAGGCCGUGUGUGACCGCGUGGCCAUCAUGGUGUCGGGACAGCUGAGGUGUAUUGGCACCAUCCAGCACCUGAAGGCGAAGUAUGGGCGUGGCUACAGCCUGGAGAUCAAGCUGAGGGAGGAGUUAACAGGGCUGCAGCAGGUGGCUCUGCUCCACAAGGAGAUCCUCCGCAUCUUCCCCCACGCAGCACGACAGGAGAGGUUCUCCACGCUCCUGGUGUACAAGAUCCCCAUGGAGGACGUGAAGUCUCUGGCCAAGGCCUUCUCCCAGCUGGAGACCGCAAAGCAAAACUUCAACUUUGAAGAGUACAACUUCUCCCAGUCGACACUAGAGCAGGUGUUCAUGGAGUUUGCCAAGGAGCAGGACAACGAGGAGGAGGAGGUGGGCUCCCUCAGCACCACCUUCCAGUGGCAGCGCCUCCGCCAGGACGGCCCGGCGCCCGCCAACCACGCCGACAGCAUCGUGCACCAGCUCUGAUCCCACCCGCGUCUACGCCGCCUCCUCCAAUCUGGAGACGCCCGCGCGUGUCACACACUCCAGGCCCCCCCCACUUCUCGUUGGUGGUGCCGCCCACUGCUUGUCCGCCUCUUGUGAUUGGAUUCUCUGGGCAGGGGUUGCUACAAAUUAUGUACAACGUCUGUGCACUGGAUGCUUACACACUCCAGGAUAGGUUUGUGUGUGUGUGUGUGUGUGUGUGGUGUGCGUGUGCGUGUGUGCGCGUGUGCGCGUGUGUGUUAUAUGGUGAACUAACACCCUUUGUCGGCACAGCAAAGGUCUCUGCUCUAUCUGAGCCUUCAUCAAAGACUCCUCCCCUUUUUUUUAUACCAAACCCCCCCCCCAGAAAAAAGAAAGAAAAAAAACUCAGAAUCUCCUAUUUUUUGAUGUCCUACGGGGGGGAUAUGGGCUAGAGUAUUUAUUAGUUUCGUAUCUCCUCUUGUCAAACAGAACUCUUCACCUUCCCUCUCCUCGGCCACUCCACACUCGCCCCGUCCCCACUGACUUACGUCCGACAGCUCGUCCAGCUGGUCGUCUGCUUGUGAGACCAGACACCUGGACACAACCUUCCCAGCUCUGGGCUCUGUGGCUCCUUGGGUGCAUAGGGGAUCCUGUCUUACCAAAGCAGUACUCCUCAUAAUCCUCCAACUCAUGAUCUCAUCUGCAUCGAUCCUGAGAGAAACUUCUACUGUCUGUAGCAUGUGUUUGACUGAAGUAUUAUCUAUAUAUACAUACAUAAAAUAUAUUAUAUAUAAGCAUUAUAUAUAAUAUAUAUCGAAAUAUGAGAGUGUAUAUAUACACACAGACAAAGAGUUCUGGGUGAAGAGCCAGCUAUUGAAAAGCUGUGAAAGAGAUUUUAGAUUUUGUUUUGAUUUGUUUCUGAUGCACUACUGUGGUGUAGCUGACGAUACCAGCACAAUGACUCUGAUUCUGUCCUUUAUCGCCAUCUAGUGGCGAUGUGCUCCUAAGGCAAUAACCUUUCCAUUUGCCUUCAUGCCAGGGGGAGCUACGACUCCGUCCUCACUCUUUAUUAUUCUUUUCCUUCCCCUCUCUCUCUCUCUCUCUCUCUCUCUCUCUCUCUCUCUCUCCCCAUCCUUGUUUUUUCUCCAUGUCUCUGUGCCAGUCUCUUUCUCUCUCCUCUUCUUUCUCUCUCCUCCUUCUCCUCCUCCUCCUGUUUCCUCCUCUCUCCCAUGUUUAUAAUGGAGCACAGACACUACAGUGUUGUAGCGCCACAUGCACCAGCAUGCGUGGGUCAUACCAUGUGAAUCGGACUCUCUUCCCCCCCCCAGACCGAGGGUGUGGGAGCUGCCCCCUUCUUCCCCUCCUUACUGCAUGCUUCAAGCCCCACUAGUACUCUGGGGGCUUUUCCUCCGUGGUGUAGACUCUUUCUUCUAGAAGAUGUCACGUGAAUGGAAACAGGGGCCUAAAGUCGUCCUCUGUCCCCGCCUUGAGAACAGAUAUAGUCCAAAAUAUGUAUAAGGUACUCUGCACAUAGAGCCCAGCGAUGUCAUUGCCAACAAUGUAGAUAUCAUUUUGCUUGUAUGUGCUCGUUGUUGAAGGCAGGUUUUACUCCUUUUUCUUUGAAUAGCUUGUGCCUCAGGCUCAGAUUAAGAUUGGAAGAGAUUUUGAUUUGAGUUUACUGAAAGCAGGAUUUCAGAUGUGUAAUCCCAGCUCCCAGUUGGACGGUGUCAUUUUUCAUCCCGGUUUAGUUUGUUUUCUUUCUGUGUCUGGCCCCAUAAGUAAAGCAGAGAAGUUUGAAUGGACUGGACAGGUCCCCCUCCUUUGAGAUGCAUCGGUAAAGAGAGUCCUUUUUAAAAAAAACUUUAGUAUGACAUAGAUGCAAGUGUUGUAUUUUUUUUGGCGCGAUAUGUGGUAUGUGUGGAACACAGGUAUGGAGAUGGGAUUCAGUUGUAGAGAGGGCCACAUGAAAUCUUCCAUGUUCUGCUUGGAGCUUACAUUUUCCUUGUACACAUGGCACAAGGCCACCUGAUUGGCUGAACUCAGUUCCAGAGGCCACCUGAUUGGCUGAAUGGUGAUCCUGCUUCUGUACAGCUUGUUUAUGGCAGAGUGGUAUUGAAAGGGGGACAGGAUGUAAGUGAGCAUAUGUGCGUUGGUCUUACUGAUAUUGAACCUGUACAGUAGUACGCCGAAUCACUCCUACUUCAUUUGUUUGCCAUAUUUUACUUGUUGGUUUGUUGCCUUUUUUCAGGUCGAGGUGGCUACAGACGGGCAUCUGCUUCAGAGCAUUUCUCCAGUGCAGCACAGUUCUGUAAUUGUGUUUUGGAAUGGAAAUGCUUCAUCGAUGUUAACAUUUAAAGGGCUGAGGGCUGAGAUUCCUUUUCUUAAUGCUUUUAGGAAAAACACUAGGGAGUUGCCUUGUUUCAUGGCUGACAUUUAAUGGUGAUUUUUCUUGUUUUGUACAUAUUUAAGAUUUCUAAUUGCACACAAAGUAUCUUAAGCACAUCUGACAUUGUCCAUUUAGUAAUUACUCGUGGGUGUGAUGGUAAAAGGGGAUGUUGUGAUGUAUUUUACAGGGCAGGAUAUGGAGGUCCUCAACAUCUAUAUUUUUUGGCAAUACAAAAAAAGAUUUUCUCACCUCCAUGUCCUAACUUCUAUUGUGAUGGUAUGUUAACAACUUAUUUUCUGAAAAAGAAAAACAUGUAUAUUUAUUUUUGAAAAUCUUGGCAGAAGUCAUAGUGGAUCACAGGUUUUUUUUUUUUUUUUCAGGAAUAAUUUUAUUGUCAUUUUUCUGGUAUUCACUGAAAGAGACAAUAUGUAGUUUUGUUGUAAGAAAAGAAGAGUUCAUCUUGACCUGCAACAAUGCUGACAUUUCAGGGUUCGAUCAAACAAAAGUGUUUCUCACCGCUCCUCAGUAAGACUUAAUUCUGAACAGUAAGGUUUUUUUUCUGUUAAACAUUGCUUAUGUUCUUAAAUAUAAAUCCAAUAUGAACCAAUACAAAAAUGUCACACUAUUGGUAUAACUUCAAGAAACAAAUAUUACAAACAAAUAUUAACUGAUAUCUGUAUAGGUACGUAGUUGUUGGGAUGGGAAAAAAUGUAUCUUUGUUAAAAUGGAAACCUACACACUGUCAUAUGUCUGGGCUUUUGCUUGUUGGUGUGGUGUUCAACUUGUCACGCAAAACUACUCCGAUCAGUUCAUCUGGUAAAGAUUGUGUCUGGGAUUAAACCCAUCACUCAAUCUCCAGUCUAGGCUCUACUCUCCUUGAGGUGUGGUGAGGGGAGUUUGGACGUAUUCUAGAGUUAAUCUGGAAGUAUUCUCUUGUUUCAGAAGUGGUGGUAUUGCUUCAAAUCCAAGUGGUGUGUUGAUUUAUCUGUGGAAGGGGUGAUUAGUGUUAUUUUAAUCUUAUUUUUGUUUAGUGAACUCUUUUUUUUUUAUUUAGCACACAUGUAGCAUUAGUGAAUGGGACAAAUGAAUACAUUUGGCCCGUUUUUUCUUCUGCAAGAUAUGUGUGUGAUGGAGUGAGUGUACCAGAGAAAGAGUGUGUGUGUGUGUGUGUGUGUGUCUGUCUGUCUGUCUGUCUGUGGUGGUAGUGAUUUCCUAGGGUCCCUCCUACUGAAUUAUGUAUUUAACCAAGUUCAUCUUUUUUUCUAUAAAGUGCAAUAUAUAAAUAUGUGUGCGAACGAUCACAGCAUCACGUGAACUUUGUGUGUUGUCUGUUCCGUAAUCUGUUAAGUGUCUUGCGGUUCAAAUGUAGCCACCAAUAUGUAACUGAUAGACAGCUUGGCUUUUGCACUACUUUUAUCCGGUCCCCAAUUUCCAAACCUGGAAGGCAUACGCCUACACAUGAAACAACGAUCAAUUUGUUAUUGGACAAAAUGCCUUCUUAAGUCGUACUGGUUGUUUUGGUUUUUGAAAGCGUAUUUCACCUUGGAGACACAUGUUUAUGCAUCAUGUAAUAUAAUAAUGUUCCACAGAUUGGUCACCUCACUGACACAGGCUCCAGUAAAACGGCAAUACAGCUUUUUUUUCAAGAGCAGCAUGACUUCAUUUAAACUGACAACUGAUCAUUUUCCCUUUUUUAAAAGAUUUGAACAGCUUUCUGGCAUUAUCCAGUGUUUGACCAUGUUUGAGAACUUUUGUACGUUGUAACUUUUAUCUGUAUUAUGCAAUCUUUAUAAGAUGAAUUGUGCACUGAAUUUUUUUUUAACUCCGUUGUGUUUAGUCAUGUGACCUUACGUGCCCACACAGCCCUUGGUGGCACCCCAGGUAGCGACUGGGUCUGGCCCUGACCCGGCUGAUCUGCUCCAGACAGAGGCUGGGCGUGGUUCCGAUCUGUUCCUGAGUCGGCCUCUAUUGGGCACUGCGUAAGAGUCCCGGUGCUUUGGAGUUCACGUGUGCACUUUUCACUAAAGACAUGUACCACCUAGGCACUACUGCUCAACAUCUCCCCUAAUCCUUAAAUAAAAAUGUAAAAAUGAAA